GUUCGUGUGCUCUGUCAAUGGUCUUUGAUCAUUUCGCUAUGAGGAUAGGAUGAUGGGUUUCAGAAUGUCUUUUUUUAACUUGCUUGGGUUGGUUCUGAUAUUUUCUGAGAAUAGCAGUGGACACAGCAUGGACACUGUUUUGCAGCCAGUGAAACUGAACAUCAGUCAUCUGCAGAAUGCCAGUGACAAGCAAAGCCUCAUGGUGAGCUGGCUGGUAAACCACAGUGAUUUAGUGCAGGGAAUUUAUGAGAUCCAGAUCAGCCGCACUGAAAACCACACAAUUAUUUACAAUGAAAAUGUGACCGUGACUGCUGUAGAUUUAGAUGAACACACAUGGACAUGGUCUUCUGAUGUGCCUCUGGAGUGUGUUGAUCAUUCAGUCAGGAUACGACAUUUCUAUAAUCAUUCUGUCCCAAGCCCCUGGAGCAACUGGGUAACCAACAAGGGAGCUGAGGUAAAGGAUAAGACCAAGAUAUUUCCCUUCCAGCGGGUGCUGAGGGAGGGCACCACUGCUGUGUUCUGCUGUGUUCCCCCAAGAGGAGUCAACAUCACCAGUAUGGUCUACCAUUAUGAACACCGUAUUGUCAACAUUGGAACCAGGGUCAAGGCCAUUGCUGUUGACAACUUGACCAUCCCAAAAACAUACAUUAAAGCUCUGUUGGUCAAUUGUACUGAUUCAAUGGGCAACAGUGUUAAUGUCUGGAAUUACGUCGGCUUUCCUCCUGAGAAGCCCAGAAACCUCAGAUGUGUGACCUCAGACAUGGAAACUGUUAUUUGCACCUGGGAUACAUGCAGAAAACGAGACCCAUCUGAUAAAAACAAGCUAACACAAACUCUCCACAUAGUAAAUUCUGACCAGGCUCCCAUCAGCUGUGUGCAGUCAUCCUGUAAAUUCCCAGCUGUCCCACAACUGGAAGAAUAUAACAUCAGUGUGGUGGUGAGAGACCAGCUGGGAGAAGAGACAGAGAGCUACAGUUUCAACAUCUCUGACAGAGUAUUCCCUGUCGUGGAGUGGAACAGAGUGAGCCCUGGGGUGACAAAUGCCACUGUGUCCUGGAUCGUAUUGGGGAACCUAAUUCAGCUAGACAUUCUUUGUCAGGUCUCCACAGACCCCGGCAAAAUCACUUCUCUGAGCUGUCGUAAUAAGAGCGGUCACUGCAAAGUCAAACUGGAACAUCUGCUUCCCAACACCCGCUACUCUGCCACGGUACGCUGCUCUGUCAACAGCAGACUCUGGGGUGAAUGGACACGUCCUGUAUUCUUCAUAACCUAUCCAUUGGUGACCUUGGAUGUAUGGAGGAGAAUAAAGCAGGUGUCCUACCUGCACAGUCGUAACGUUACUUUGUUUUGGACUCCGCGUUUUGUUGGCACACCAACCACAGAGAAAAUCCAAGGCUACACAGUUCAGUGGUCACAGGAGGGCCAAAAUGGAACAAGGUGGAAAGACAGCAGAAUGAUGACCCAAGCUAAUGUCUCCAUCGGUCCAGGGCAUUGUGAAUUCACUGUCACAGCUGUACUGAAGACAGGCCUCUCCAUCCCCGCUCAUAUCACCAUCCCACAGAAGGAUGACAGAGAAAACCUCUUAGUAGAGAAGCAGUUGGACAGCGGCUCAGUUCCUGGUUUCAAUCUGUCCUGGGAGGAACAGAGCACUGCUACCUGUGGCUAUACUGUGGAGUGGUGCAUUCUUGGAAACGCGGUACCUUGUACUCUGAUAUGGGUGAAGAUGCUAGAAGGAAACACCACAUUGUCCCUACCUGCUCGACAUUUUAAAGCAGGUUGUAGGUAUACAUUUAAUAUCUAUGGAUGCACAGAAAAUGGACACAGACUUCUGGAAAUACAGACUGGAUACUCACAGGAACUCAAAUCUGUACAGCCCCUGUGUCUGGUUGAACCUGUUCAGAGUACUUCCUCAUCUGUGACACUGGAGUGGCUUUACAACGAGAAUGAUCCAGCUCAUCUGGCAUUCAUCACUGGUUACCUGGUUACAUGGCAGGAAGUAGUGUCUGAUAGGCAGCCAGGUCAUACGGCAAAUGUGUUCAGCAAGUCAGUGGAAGAUCCUCACAGCAAGUCUGUGACAGUAGAGGGUCUGCAGCAGAACCAUGAGUACAACUUUUCUGUGAGUGCUCUCACUAAGGAGGGUCCAGGACAAGCAGCCAGGAUCAUCAUCAGGACCAGAGGCAACUAUUCUGGUCACUUGGCAACGAUACUGACUCCCAUCCUGCUACUGCUGGGCUGCACAAUCCUUCUGUGGCCUCAAAGGAGAAUACUGAAGAGAGGGCUGAAGCAGAUAUUUGCUUAUCCUGCUGGUAUGCACAUAAAAACUCCUGAGUUGGACAGCUUCCUUGAUAAGACUGAUCAGUGGCUGCAGUCACAGAAGGUGGAGGACUGCAUCAGCUGUGACAUUGAGAUCCUAAAUACUAGACCUCCUCUGAAUAAAACAACCAGGCUGAAAGAUCCUGAGCUCCUGAACACACCAUGCUCCUUUGCUUCCCAGUGCUCUACCUCAUCCUUUUCACCUUCAUGUGAGCAGCUCCAAGCAGACUACUAUCCACAGUCAGCUACAGUGCUUUGGGAAACACAAACCCAAAUCACAUGUAUCACAAACAAGGCUUACUUAAACAUAACAGAGAAAGAUUGGUCUGAGCCACAACAAGUUGCUUCCAGUGAAAUCACCAGCUUUGACCCCUCUGAGUGUCAGCAGGAGUCAUGCAGUGUUAUAUAUGGUUACAUAUCCAAUGAAACUUUCUAAAUAUAAUGUCCAAAACAAAGCUGAACAUUUUGAACUUUAUAUGUGCAUAUUUUUCAUUUCAAGUAUACAAAUGCUGUAAAUAGAUGCUUUGUUUAUCAGACAUAAUGUAAAUCUGCACAUGUUCAAUGUAAAGAAAGCAAGUUUUUUUAUUCACUCCACAUUUUAACAUAUGCAAUUUGUGAUUUGAUAUUUUAUUUUUGUAAAAAUGUUGCAUUAAAAUGUCAUCAUAAUAUACUGUAUAGUGUGUGAGCACAAAAAAAAAGAUGGUAAUCUAAAUUUUAAACAACUCUGUUGCAACAUGGUGCAAAAUGAAUCUGCUGGUGCUGUUUUAAGUGAAGUACUGUAUAUAAAGCAGAGAGAGCAACCUACUGACAAGUGAGAUGUUAUCUACAGGAUGCAACUGGUCACACUGAUAAGGCAGCUGACUAAUGUGACAGAGAAGUAUGCAUCUUAUCUGGAAAAUACUCUGAUUACUUGCUGGUUUUAUCAAAACAUAUUUCCUGUAAUUUCUUCAUCAGUGACUAAUGACUGAGAAGUAAAAUUUAUUGUAAUGGCGCUCUGACUCAAAACAUACAGCAAGCAGUACACAAUGCACUUGUCAAAACAAGUAACAAGUUUUCUGCAGUCACAGCUCCCAUUUCAUGUAAAUAUUCCAAGACAUUUUUUCACAAUAUGAAAUAUAUGUUAGAGAAGAAAAGAAUCCUGACUGAUUGGCUGAUCUUGUUCAUCAAGUUUGCCACCUGUUGGUCAAAUAAUGUUAAAACAAACACAUAUGAGCAUGGCGUUAACAGAUGGGGAAUGACAGUUUGUAUAUAUGUUUUCUAUAAUGCUAUAAUAAACAAUAGAUAUGAGCAAUGUUUUAGCAAACUGCAAAAAUGCUCCAUGUUAUUGUGAUUUAAAAACACAGUUUACAAUAUCAUCUAUGACUAGCUAUUCGAAUAUGAUUUGUACAAUUCCCAGAGCUGGUAUUUUUAAAGUUGUGUCUAAUAUUCAAGUUUAAAAAAUAAAUAUGAUUUAUGGUCUUCAGUGAUUAAAUCAUAAUUUAUGUGCAAUAUACAUGAUAAUGCUUGUUUCAAUCCAGCUACCAUCCAUACUUUCAGUGUUAUCAGAACUCGUCCCACAUCUUCCAUCCAGAUUUUGAAAAAUGCAGAUAAACUUAUGCUAGAUUGCACAGUUUAAAUGUUAAGUAUCUAAUUUAUCAGUUUUGAAUUGGUCUCUACUCUGCUGA